AAGGCCAAAGACAAGAAAGAGAAAAACAAGGAGAAAGCAAAGUAAAAAGAGAGAAGAAGAAUUGAGCCAAUUUGUUUGAAAUCAAACCAUUCCAAAUUUCUCCAAUCCAAAAAAGAAAAAAAAUCUCAAACCCACCUCUAAAAUCCUUCUCUCUCCAAUACCCAGAUCUUGUUUUCUUAUAAUUUCAUCAAAUUUUGCGUCUUUUUGAUUCAUUCCAUUCCCUCUGUUUUCCCUGUAUUUCAAGUUCAGGUUCUGUUCAUGUUCUUGUAGUAUUCUUCAUAUUAUUAUUAUUAUUUUUUUUUGAAAUCUCUGUUUUAAUCCUUUUAUUAAUACGUAGAAUUUUCUCCAACUUUCCUGGAAGUUUAAAAAAAAAAUCCUCUGCUUUCUCUGUUUUUGGUUUGACAAUCUGUCAAAUUUGUAUCAAAAUCAAGUCGUUUGGUUUGUUGUUUGUGGAAGUUUAUCAAAUUUGGCUGAAAAGGCCAAUAAUCCAAUAUGGGAAUUCAGAAAGAUCGAGUCAAGUUCAAUGUAGGCGGUAGAAUAUUUGAAACAACAGCUACAACUCUUGCAAAUGCAGGGCGAAACUCAUUUUUUGGUGCAUUAUUUGAUGAAAACUGGGACUUGAACUCACAAAUCAACAACAAUUCUAAUGAAGCUCUCUUCAUUGAUCGAAACCCCGAGUGUUUUUCAAUUCUUCUCGAUCUUCUCCGUACAGGUGAUCUCAACAUUCCCCCAAAUAUCAAUGAAAGACUCCUCUUUAGAGAGGCCUCAUUUUAUGGUCUUCUAGACCAUAUCCGCACAGCCAAAUGGGGUCCGUUUGAUGGCAACAGGUUGAGGCUAUCCCGGUCUGUAACUGGUCAGGCUCCCGGCGAUGGCACCGCCAUCCGGGCAGGCCCGGAUGGAGGCUGCUGUGUGGCUCAUGGAAGCAUGGUUCAUGUUUAUGAUUGGAUGUUGGAAGAACAUCCACCAAUCAAUCUUGAUUAUCAAAGAGUUAAUGAUAUUGGGUGGGUCGAUUCUGAGAAUAUUGUGAUAAGUGUUUGUGAAAGAUUAGGUAGCAAAGAUGGAGGGAUGGGAUUGUUUAGUGCCUCAAGUGGAGAGUUAAGGUACAAAUUUCAGGUCAGCCAUGACAAUCAAGUGAAGAGUUACACAGCUGGGGCAUUGAGUUUUAGUAGUGAUUAUAAGAUAUUUUCAAGUUGCAAAGGGAGGAGUAAUGAGUAUGGGGUUGGAGUUUGGGACCAGGUGACAGGAAAGCAGAUAGAUUUCUUUUACGAGAGUCCAGGUUGGUCUCUUGGUGAUGCUGAUAAGUUACAAUGGUUAAGUGGGAGCAACUGUUUGUUGGUUGCAACUUUGUUUCCCAGAAAGGAUAACUGUUACAUUAGUUUGUUGGAUUUUAGAGACAAGAACAUGGUGUGGUCUUGGUCUGAUAUUGGCGCUCCUUUAACCGUGGAUGAGAAGAGGGUUAGGGAUGCCAUUGCAAUGGAGGAGAGUAACUCCAUUUGUGUGGUGAAUGAGUAUGAGGAUUUGGGGUUCAUUGACUUGAGGAUUAGUGGAGGAAGUGUAAGGUGGAGCUCCAGAAGCCGGUUAAUGAAAGGCAACAUGCCUGAUGAACCUUGUUACCCGAAACUGGCGUUGCAUGAGGGGCAGUUGUUUUCAUCGAUGAACGAUUCAAUUUCUGUGUUUUGUGGUCCGGAUUGGGUGUUAACAUCCAGGCUUCGACGAAGUUAUGGAGGUUCCAUUUGCGAUUUCUCGAUCGGUGGUGAUCGACUCUUCGCUCUCCACAGUGAAGAGAAUGUGUUUGAUGUAUGGGAAUGUCCUCCUUCUCCAAUUAUAUGAUUCAGAUUGUUAUGGUUUGCUUGCUCUUACAGUUUUGUUUCUUACAGUUUGAUAGAUGCUUUUCAUUGUAGCAGAUAAAGUUGCUGUUGAACAUAGUAUAGGUUAGCAGAAACAUAGAGCUAUAGUUUAGAGAUGCUUAUGCUUUGUAUAGAGUAUGCUUUUUGUUACAAAGAAAUGAAAUUGAUUGCUGAGCUACCAUUUACCA